ACGACGCAAGUCGUAUAACGUGUGCAACUAUUACGUUAAAGCGACACAACGUUAUCGUGGCUCGAUCGACCCUGAAUCAAGAUGGCUACUAGGAAAGGUGUCUAUCUGCUAUUCCUUUUUCUUACUCUAACAUGCGGCUUUUCUCAUUCCUGGUCGAAUCAAAAUGAAGGCAGAAAGCUAUUCGGCGGCUACACGAUAGUGCCGAAAGCGUGUCGGCCGUCGAUGCCGUCACGGUUCAGGACGAAUGAACCGCCGAUAUGUAUGUUCAAUUACGAAUGCACGCGGCGCAACGGCGAAGUAGUUGGCGCCUGUAUGGACGGUUUUCUCUUCGGUGCAUGUUGCCAAUUGCCGCCGAAGAGCUCGACAAGCGAUAACGGCAGUCCGUCCAGCACCGAGGAUCUCUACAACGUGCAUCAAAUCGAUCAUGUGCCCGAUAUACCCAUUUUACUGAACCCAGACGGCACGCCAAUUGGCAUGUCGAUUUCGUCGAGCGGCGAAACUACAAAAAUCGACAAACCGAGCGUCACGAAUCAUCUGAACGGUGGCGAAACAACGUAUACGAAGAUUUCCAGCUCGAAUCAGGGCUCCUCGUCAUCGCCGGACAUGGCAAAUAAUGCUGAAAAAACGCAGCUGCCGGAGCAGCCGGACAUCAGCCACCUAGUCGACGACUUUCCGGUUCUCCUGGGUCAGCAAGAUAUCGUGGAUGAUUUAAAUCUACCAGGAUUGUUGUCCCAUUCAGACUCUAACAACAAUGCUCAGAACCAUCAAGAUCCAAUUGCCACGUUGUUGAAUCCGGAUCAAGUUUUGCAAAUAGCGGAUCCGGUGGAUCAACUUCCCCAGCUGUUUUCGCAAGGAUUAGGCAAGAAUAAUCACAGCGAUCCAGAGACGAUUUUGCUGAAUGAGAAUGGCACUAUGCUGCAGGAAACACACAAUCCGGAUGAGAUCUUCCGACCGUCCACGGAAACGUCCAUCAAAAAAGUAACGCAGGACGGAAGCACGCCGGACACGUGGAUCAAGUUUCCGGAUCAACCUGUGUCUUCGACGAUAGAGUUCACGUCCACGUCGCAAACUCCAAAAUCGACCUUAAUAACGAGCAUGCCAAUGGUAACCCAGAUGUACACCAACGUACAGAAAUCCACAAGCAAUCCAGCCAGCGCGCAAUUGACCGUGACGAACGCCUUCGAGAAAGUCAACACGAUCGAGAAGAAGACGUCGACGAAAGCGGCGGAGAUCGAAGCCACCACACCCAUGAACGCCGUGAAAGAUGAGCUGGUGAAGGUGCCGACCAUUAUCUAUGACAUGCCUAACAAGAAAAAGGACGACGUCCUGGACAAGGAGGAAAUCGCCAUCCAUCAUAUAAUUUCCAUUCUGAACGACACCACGCCGAAUUCAGACGUGUCGGUCACGCUUCCGGAGCCGAAUUCAUCGCCGAUUCAAGCCUGGGUGAGCAUCGACGAAACGUCAAAGCCCUCCCACCACGUGAAGGUCAGCUCGGCGAGCUAUCGACCCACCACGCCCGCGUCCUCGACCUUCCCCUACAAUUUCUACAGACCCAGCUCGCAUCACGGGCCCUCGUCGACAUAUUAUAAUUACGAGCUCGUCCCCACCGAGACGUCCUACACAUCCUCGUAUUAUUCAACGUCGAGCCCGUAUGGCUCGCGUCCGUCCACGCAUUCCGGCGCUUCCAGCAGCAGCCUCGGAGGAACGCACUCCAGCAGUCGACCGACGACGAACCCGCCGGCACCGACGGUUAUCGUUCUCGGUCCUCUCGGAACAGAGUACACCACGGAGACGACGCAAAAGUCCGCGACGAGAAAGCCGACCAACAAGCCUGCUUACACUUCGAUCAAAACCACUCCCGGAAAUACCCGACCUAUUUUUGUCAGCACCAGAAAGCCCCCCGGCGUAUCCACCACAAUUACGCACAACAUCAGCACCGUCAUCUCCAACGUCGCCACCAACAACGUCGUCUCCACCAGCUACAUAAGCGUCAAUCUGAAAGACGGCACCAGCGCGAGACCGACGUUCGACGUCAGCACAGAGGCGAUCGCGCCGGCGAGCACAAAGGGCCGACCGACCACGAAGAGGCCCGUGAUUUGGACCACGAUCUCCUCGUGGUCGGACAAGCCGUCGUUCUAUCUGAAGCCGUCGACGCCCAGCUACACCUGGACGAACAACAAUCUCACGCCGGUCAACAACUUGGUGUUCAAGGAUACCACAAAGAACAAAAUUAGCACCACUACUACACCGUGCGAUGACGAAACCGCGGCUCCGGACGAUCUCAUCAACUUCCCGCCGGUACGCAACCCGAAUCUCAAUAUCUCCACGCCGAUCUCGCAGCAAGAAAAGCCGACGAUCGUCGAGACGUACAACAACACCGCUGGCUAUCCGGAUAUCGAGCUCAUCAGCGAAAAUGACAUCCCGACGCCCACGUUUAUUGAGGAUGAUGUACUGACGAAUAAAGUUGACGCUUUCGUCAACAAGAUCAUGGAAUCGCUGCAGGGCAACUUCCAGGACCUAAAAGAGGUGGUCUAUCGAAAUGGCACCACCGAGGUUUCAACAACAACUCCUACCGUAACAAGAAGACCGACUAGUGGAAAUACUACGACAAGAAAACCGACGCGAAAGCCCACGACCAAACCGUCGUCAUCAUCAUCAGCGACGACGAAGAGGCCGUCGGCAACUACGAAGAGGCCGACUCGUCCCACUCAAAGACCGGCAUCGCCCGAAAAACCAACGCGCCCUACAAAAGUGACAACAUCGAGGCCUAAACCAAGCACAAUACAGAGCGUCACAACGAAGAAACCUCAAGCAACGACGAAACGUCCGAAACCAACCAGGAAAGUCACGACUGCGGCGCCCAGCAGCACGGAAGCGAUUCAAGAAACGAGUGUAAUCUCAUCGAACACGACUGAAAGCAGCAGUGCGGAAACGAGUGCUGAGCCAAACUUUCGGACUCAAUGCGGUGUGAGACCUCUUGUCUCAAGAGCGGGGAAAAUAGUAGGCGGAAAGGGCGCACAAUUCGGAGAAUGGCCGUGGCAAGUCUUAGUUCGAGAGGCGACCUGGCUUGGCUUGUUCACGAAGAAUAAGUGCGGAGGUGUGCUGAUCACCGACAAAUAUGUGAUAACAGCAGCCCACUGUCAACCAGGUUUUCUGGCUUCCUUGGUCGCGGUGUUCGGCGAGUUCGACAUUUCGGGGGAGCUGGAACCGCGACGCAGCGUAACGAAGAACGUGCGCCGCGUCAUCGUGAACCGCGGUUACGAUCCGGCGACGUUCGAGAAUGACCUGGCGCUUCUGGAGCUGGAGUCACCGGUGCAAUUCGACGAGCACAUCGUGCCGAUUUGCAUGCCGAACGACGGCAUCGACUUCACGGGUCGCAUGGCAACGGUCACGGGCUGGGGCCGGCUUAAAUACAAUGGUGGCGUACCGUCUGUGCUGCAGGAGGUUCAGGUGCCGAUAAUGGAAAACGCCGUGUGCCAGGAGAUGUUCCAAACUGGCGGACACUCGAAAUUGAUUUUGGAGAGCUUCCUCUGCGCAGGAUACGCUAACGGCCAGAAGGAUUCUUGUGAGGGUGACAGCGGCGGCCCGCUGGUUAUGGAACGACCGGACGGCAGAUGGUUCCUCGUCGGGACCGUUUCUCACGGUAUAAAAUGCGCGUCUCCGUAUUUGCCGGGUGUGUACAUGAGGACGACCUACUUCAAGCCCUGGCUGCACAGCAUCACCGGCGUCUGAGGAGCCGGUGUGAUCGACGAUCACGUCUGCGCGUGAUUACGUGAGCGGCACCCGGUGCCAUUCUCUGUAUAAAUGUACAAAAGAAGCCUAAUUUAUUUCCCCUCGGGAAUAGAGCAUACGAAACUCAAUUAAGUAACAGAACCGUGGAAUUAACCGGAAGAAACGUCAGAGUGCUGCCUCGAUUUUUAAAUAAUAGCGACGCCCCGCUCCCCUCCACCGUUAUUUCAUGUUUUCCAUUAGCGGAACGGAACUAACACUUGCAUGGCCAACGACUUACACCGAGCGAGCGUCACUGUGCAAACAGCGAGCGAGGAAAGUACACACCAACCUGCUUCCCGUGUUAUUUAAAUUUCGAAAUAAGAUUCUGCGGAAUUGUCCGCGGCAGAACACUGCUUCUCGGCGCGCGACCGGCGCUCAACGUUGCAUUUAUAUGCGUAUCAAUGUUUAAACUCGCCUUUACGCUUGUAUACAUGUGUUCGUAGAGUCAACUUCUAAGCGGCAUCAAAGUGAGAUAUUCUCAUGUAUGAAUAAAUUCCACGUUCCACAUUUCUCCUCAUAGAUCUAUCAGAUCUUAUAUUUUUAUGUUUCGGCAAAAACUAAAUAACUGCAAUUAUCCGCUCUGCUCCGCGCAUACGCCAGCUCUGCGAUACGUGUAUAAAUACAUAAAGAUGAGCCUCAAGCCUU